UGCUACUUUUUUCUUUUCUGGAGACGCACAAGAAGACCUGUUGGAUGUUAUUAAAAGCAUUUUGCUGUAGUGCGGACUUGACAAAAGUCUUACAUACUUACGCUUUUUUUUUUCUCUCGCUCUAAUGUGACAACUUUUCUUCUUAAUUCAACAGUCUCGAAGUUUAUGGGUGAAUAAACUAGUUAAUUGCAUAUCACAUUUCCGAACCGAGCAGUUGGAUAAAAAUCAGAAUUUGAUGCGUAAAAUGAAUAAUUCCGUGAAAUAACUCAUUCCUCCGGACCAAAGGAUUUCAAGUGAUAAUCACAGAGCUGUUUCUCCCAUUGUGGAGUGAAGAUGUUUCGGCGUGUGUGUUUGCUGCUGGCAGUGCUGACUCUCCUGAUGCUGACACUCCUGGUGCCCAUGGGCCAGGCAUGUCCCAGGAGCUGUAACUGCUACCAGGCCAGUGAAGUCCACUGUACCUUUCGCUCCCUGCUCACAAUACCUCUUGGUCUGCCUGCACACACACGGCGUAUAAACUUAGGGUUCAACAGCAUCAGCGGGUUUCAUGACAGUUCCCUGGCUGGGCUAAAGAAGGUGGAGCUUCUAAUGCUUCACAGCAAUGACCUCCAUCAUCUUCCAGACGGAGCAUUCAGAGAUAUGAAAUCACUACAGAUAUUAAAGCUAAGCUAUAACAAGCUGAGAGAGAUCUCUUCAUCUCUGACCUUCUCCGGCCUGACCUCACUGCUGCGUCUGUACUUGGAUCACAACCUCCUCCAGCACAUCCAUCCCCGGGCCCUGCUCCAGCUGCCUAGCCUCAGGCUGCUACGUCUGCAAGGAAACAGGCUGCAUCAGCUGCACCCUCACGCUUUGUGUACACUGUCCCUCCUGAAUACAUAUUACUUUUCUACACUCAGACACCUAGACUUGUCCAACAACACUCUAACUACUCUGCCCAGAGAGACCUUAGUGACAGCACCUCUGCUGGAGACUCUUGUGCUGCAGGCUAAUCCAUGGAGCUGUGACUGUAGAAUGAACUGGUUCCUCACUUGGAGUCUGUCUCAUCCAGGUUUAAUGAAAUGUCCCGGUGGCCCUCAGUGUCCAAUUUGCAGCUCGCCCAAUUCCCUUCAAGGUCUGGGCUUGCUUGAGCAGACUGACCUAUCAUGCACCUCACCAGUCAUCCCCUCCCCAGGAAGAGAUACACCUUUGGAGACCGAAAUCAGUGAAAUCCAAUCAAGUGAAUCCUUCAGAGAGCCUUUAGGCUCUGCAUUUCUGGGUCUGUCUGAUCACCAGGGGAACAGCGUUGAUCUGAGUUGCAACAUCACUUACUCUUCAGAGUCCAAGGAUAUUGCUCCUCCGCCAGAUCUUUCCCUGUCCUCCCCUUCUCCUCUCCCCCUCGCUCUGUCACUCUCUCUGGAUUGCCCUGUGGAAAGAGAGAGCUAUGAGAAACUUUGGAGGAUCCUAGCUUACUACAGUGAGACUGCAGUUCGUCUGGAUAGGGAAAUUAUGCUGAGCAAAGCCCCAGGAUUGGCCUACCGGUACAAGCAGGCAGCAGAGACAGAUGGAUAUUAUCACACUGGAGUCAAAGCUUCUGUAAAAAUCAGACCACAAUGGUUGCUACAGCCAGCUAUUAGCAUUCAGCUAAACAGAGCACAGUCUAACGGACACAAAGUUCAACUAAUAUACUCAACAAGAGUUUCUGCUCGUCCUGAUCCUGCUUCUCAUCCCUCAAUGACAUCCCCUGCCUCUCACCCAUGGGUGCUGAUUUCAACUAAUCACACUACCACAGCACUGGUAGCAGCAGCAGGCAGUAAAGUGGAGUUACCCUGCCCUAUUUUAAGUUCUGGUAACCCCAAAGUACAAUGGAUUCUCCCAGAUGGAUACAAGCAGAUCUCCCCUUCCAACAGUCUAGAUGGUAGGCCAUGGGCUUCACCCUCUGGUUUACUUCUACACAAAGUGCAGCUCUCAGAUGCUGGUAUCUACUACUGCGUAGCUCGGGCAGGCAGAGAUGUAGAUGUUCUCCCCAUUCGACUGGCAGUAGAAGAGUCCUCAAUUCCACCUUCAGGAGAACAAGUAGGACUUUCUGUCACCGGAACAGUUGGGGAACCCAUCAGUCUGUCCUGCAACGCUUCUGGUUCACCAGUGCCUCGUAUGAGUUGGCUGUUACCAGAUGGAAAUAUAGUACGACAAGGAUUAGCUGUGUCAGGUAUCACGAUACAAUCAAAUGGGAGUCUCACAUUGCCUAAUCCUUCUCAGAGGGAUGCUGGUCAUUAUCGCUGCAUUGUGCUCAACCAAUAUGGUAGUGACUCUCUGUUCUUGCAGCUGGAAUUACAGUCUCGACACCCCCCUCAGUUUAGGACUUCUUCUUUUCCCAGAGGGCCGCAGUCAGCUGCUGGUCGGUCAACCCAGAUACGAGCUCCGUUACUACAUCAGGUGGUGGAAGGAUCUGGUAAUGAAGAGGAAGACGAAGAAGAAGAAGAGAGAACUCAUAUUAGCAAUAGGAAACGUCCAAGACCUCUCCAACCUUCUCCAAACAGACGUUAUCCAAUUGGUAAACCCAGAAGACGUGGGCCAAUGAGAGAAGGCUCCCUGAGAAAAGAAGGAGGACCUGUAUCAUCCACUGACCAGAGAAGAAACCGUUUUGAGAACAGACGGAGAGUUACUGCAAACAAACAAAGGAUAGAUCCGCAGAAAUGGGCUGACAUCCUGGCUAAGAUACGACAAAAGACUGCUAACACUAAUAACAACCAGCCCAUUGCAGCAGGAAAGCCCACAGCUAAAUCAGUGGGAAGAGGCCAAGGCAGAGAAAGACAGGAGGGAGAUGAUGAUGCAGAAAUAGUUAGAGCUGAGGGAGCAGGGGUGGAAGCAGAAACUGAAGGGUCAUCUGUUGAUAACGCUGAUCUGCAAGAGGAAGACCUACAGCCCAUUCACCCUGUUCACCCAGGAAUGCAAACACACAGAGAGACAAAAUCAGACACUGACACAGACACAGAGAUAAAGAAAGGGCCAGUGAGAUCAGAACAAACACAUAUGGAUAUGGAAAACGAGACAGAGACACACAUACAGAGGGAGAAAGCAGGUCCACAGACUGUGACUGUGACAAACCCAGAAAUACAGAGAGAAGCAGUCACGUCUAAGCCAAUCUCAGGAACAAAUGAAAUUCUCUCAGAACCAGGUGAAGGAGAUGAGAGAGAAGCAAACCCCAGCCGAUCUAGAGUGAGGCCCCAGAAACCCCGACAGGGAUUAUUCCCUAAUUUGGUUCCAAACUCUCAGCAUCAAAGUCCUUGGAACUCUCGCAGAAGGAUCGGACAGCGAAGACGAAUCAUUAACAGGCCCAGGGGGCGACCUUUGUCCCCACCCCGACCUCUGCCAGGCCCUAUGAACCCCAAGUCACCAACUACGACACCUGAAACAACCACCGAUAAAAUUGAUAUGUCAUUACUGGUGUCAACCACCACAUCUCCAGCUAUUUUCUUGACACACAGUGACCAUAUUAGUAACACUCUUAGUAUCACCACUUCAAAAUCCUCCCCCUCAUUGACUCCCUCUUCCUCCUCUCUCACUUCAUUAUCCUCCUCUCACACAAAAACACAUAUAGACAUGAUGACUCACUCAGUCACCAUCCCAGACACGGCAGAGUCCACUGCCUUCACCACCACGCCGACACCAGCACCCACUCAGUCUGAUGCUGCGACUGCACAGACACAUGUGCCAGACACCCACUCCAGGGCACAUACACAUGGCAUACAGACACACACAAAAACGCACACAGCCUUAGGCAAACAUGUUGAUAGACCCCCAAGCAAACACAGUGAAGAGCUGGAGAGGAAUUUGUUGGAUGUACCAUAUGUGUUCCACUCCUCCACCUCUCUGUCGCCCACUCUGUCCUCCAUUGCUUCCUCCACAGUCCCCAGUGCUACUACUACUGCAAAAACCACAACAACUCCUUCAGCUGUUCUCAAGAGCACUCAUUCUGCUAGUUCUGCUGGAAGCACUAGAAGUACCUCUACUACUAUUGUUAAUGAGGGCACACUUUCCACAACAACUACAAUUACUCCUAUAACUACAAGUCCCAUCACAUCUACUGCAACUACCAUUAUUAGUCCAACAUCUACCACUACCAAAAGUACUACACCUACUGUUACCUCUACUACAACAACCACAACUCCUAUUUUUACAUCUACUACUCCCACUACUAUUACUUCUUCAACUAGUCCUUCAACUACUUUCACAACUACUGCUGCUACAAGUACUACAAUUCCAUCCAAAGCUAUUCCUACAACUCCUAACCCCACUACUACUACUACUACUACUACUACUACUACUUCAACUAGACCUUCUUCUACUUUGACUACAACUACUACUGCUGCUACUAUCACUACAAUUCCAUUAAAAGCUAUUCCCACUACUACUACUGCUACAACUACUACUCCUACCAGCACCAUCUCAGUCAAAAUAUCUCCAACUACUACAAGGGCAGCUAUACCCAGUGCAUCUUCUACUACUACCACAACAACGACAUCAACAAGUACCACAGCAUCACAUAGGGAGAGGCCAAGUGCUGGCCAAGCUGUCCCCAGAGGGAGACCUGUUUCUGGUGCUCCAAACCAGAGUCGACCCCCGAUUGACUGGAAGAACCCUGGAGCUAAUACUAUUCCCGAUUCACACAGCAGCAGGACACAGAGGCCCCCCUCUCCUUCAUUCCCUAUCACACCUGGGGCCCCAGUUAGGAGAUUCAGACCAAGGAUUGCAGACCCACACAUCAGGACGGUGUCAUUCCCAGCUGAGAGCACUGCCAGACUAGCUUGUGAAGCUCAAGGAGAGCCGAAGCCCUCCAUCACAUGGACCAAGGUCGCCACAGGAGCAGUGAUGUCACUCCACUCCAGGGCUCAGCGUUUUGAGGUCUUGCCAAACGGCACCCUUCUUAUUCAGAAUGUUCAGCUGCAGGACAGGGGCACAUACAUCUGCAGUGCACACAGCUUUCUGGGUCGUGACAGAUUACUAACCACCCUAGAAGUGUGGACCCGCCCCCCUCGGAUGCAGCUGGCCAGCUACAGAGAAGCUACUAUUCAUCAGGGUGGAGAGGUGCACUUGGAGUGCCAGGCGGAUGGUGUCCCCACCCCUCUCCUCUCAUGGGUUCUACCUGAUCGUUCAGUCCUGACCUCCACUGCCCGCUCCACCAGUCGCAUCACUAUGGACACAAAUGGAACCCUCCAUAUCCUACAGCCUUUACCUAGUGACAGAGGAGUGUAUCGCUGUGUGGCCUCCAACUCAGCAGGUGCUGCCAGUGCCUCUGUUCGUGUACAUGUGUCCUCGUUGCCCCCGGUAAUACAGCAACACAAAGAGCAGCACCUGCUCAUGUCUCCAGGGAUGCCUGUUUACGCUCAAUGUUCUGCCCGAGGUGCCCCACCACCAACUCUCCGCUGGCGAAUCCCAGAUGGGACUCUCGUUCGACCAUCCCAGUUUCUCCAUGGUAACCUUUUUGUCUUGCCUAAUGGGACACUGCACAUUCGAAAAGUUGGGCCUAAGGACACUGGAAAUUACGAAUGUACAGCAAGUAAUGCUGUUGGAUCCGAUAAGAGAACAGUGAGGGUUGAAAUUAAAGGGGGAGCAGAAGGAGACAGAAGACAGGGAGGAGCAAGAAAUGAAGAGGCAAAAGAAGUCCCUACUGAAAAAACAUCUUCUCAAUCUUCACUCAAUAAAAACAAAACUUUGUCCAUUCCCAGCCACCCCUCAAAUCCAUUCAACUCGCCUAGACUCUCCCCUCCAUCGCCCUUUGAUAGAUCUAGGACCUUGCCGAUCACGCCCAGCUCUUCUCGCUCAUCUUCUCACCAACUCAAUCACAGUAACUCCCUCACUCCUAAAAUCAAUGAAAUAAUCACUGCUUCCCCCACACACUUGACCACCAUCAACAAAACAAAACCCUCCCCUCUCUCUCCACCUCCCACAGGGCCUACAAAUAACACCAAAGUCUCACCCAGCAUUGUAAAUAACGCAAGAGUUACUUCUUCUUCCUCUACUGACAAAAGCAGAGCCUCAGCUGUUUUGCAUCCCUCACCUCUCUCACCUUUCAGUAAAGCACGUAUUGUCUCUACAUCACCCUCCAUCACUACUGUCCACUAUGGAGGGCUUUUGCAGCUACACUGCUCUGUGAUUGGCAACCCAUCGCCCAUCAUCAUUUGGAGAACUGCCAGCAGGAAACUGGUGGACAUGCACUUCAGUUUUGACCGACGUCUGAAGGUGCAUCCUAAUGGGACGCUGUCAGUCCAGGCAGUAACAGAGAAGGAUGCUGGAGACUACCUCUGUAUCGCACGCAACAAGGUCGCAGAUGAUUACCGCCUCCUGCGUGUCUCUGUGGCUACCAAGCCUGCCAAGAUUGAGCCCAGGCAGCCGCUCAAUCAGAUGGUGUUGUUUGGCAAACCACUGAAGGUGGACUGUCAGGCAUCAGGACUGCCUGACCCAGCUGUCCAUUGGAGCCUACCAGAUGGAACCAUGGUGAACAGCGUUUUGCAGGGAGAAGGUAGAGGAGGACGAGCACGGAGGCUAACUGUGUUUGACAAUGGGACUUUAUUGGUUCCAGCAGUGGGUAUGGGAGAAGAAGGAGAGUAUACAUGUUAUGCUGAGAAUCAAGGAGGCCAAGACACCAUGAAGGUCAAAGUAAAGGUCAUGAUGACAUCUCCACCAACCUUCACUCAUGGCGGAAGCUAUCACAUCGUUAAAGUACGUCAGGGGGCAACCGCCACAAUUCGCUGCCAUGCCACAGGAGAUCCUGCGCCAACAGUGACAUGGUUUUCCCCGACACACCGUGUCAUCCCACGAAGUUUGGGAUCUGGAUCGUAUUCUGAGCGGGUAGUGGCGGUUUCAGAUGGAACUCUGGAGGUGCGCCUGGCUCAAACAACUGAUACAGGAAACUAUACAUGCCGAGCAAGCAACUCAGUUGGAGAGAGGAGCAUGAUGGUGGGUCUGGAGGUGGAGCCACCUAACUAUGACCUGAGUCGCCAGGUGGGAGGAAGAGGCUGGAGUACUAGCAGUGAGCCCGGUGCUGGUCAUAGCAGUAGAUCAGGGGUCAACAUUAAUAAUGCAGGGAUAAUCCAGAAUAGACUGACCAAUGGAGUCACGAGCAAACUUGGUGGCAAUAACAGCAGCAAUGAUGGGUAUAGUACCAAUAAUGGCAGGAUAAAAAACAUUGUACCAAACACUGGCAUUAAUGUAGCAACCAGUGGCUCUGAUUCUGCCCUUAGGAGUGAUAGUCAAAAUGGAUUCAACAGGCCUGUCAGUGGAGUUACAACUCAACUUAGUAGCAGUGUCGUGGUGGGCAGGAAUAUAGGCAUUAAAGCAGAUAACACUGAAAUAAAUAGAAAUGGACCCGGCAUUGUGAGUAGCAGUAACAGCACAGUUAGAGGAGAUCUAGAAAAGAAUCCUGGGGCAAAUAAUAAUGAAGUAAUUGCAGGAAAGGCUAGUAAUGGUGCUAACACUGGUAUUUCUAGAAAUGUUGGAUUUUUAAGCAGCAGUGUGUCGAAUAUCGGAGCUGGUACUGGCACAGUUAGAGGAAAUGCGUUCAGUGGGAGCAGCAAUAUAGGAGUGACCAAUGGUAACAGAAACAGAGGUGGUUCAAGUAGUACUGCUAUAGCUGCUGGUAAUACUGGGACUAUAAACUCUGCUAACACAGUUGUGGGUGUGGUAACGACAGUAAAGCAGCGAGUGGUGAAAGGCCAAACUGUUCUCUUACCAUGCCCCUCCCAAGGCUCCCCUCCACCCCGUGUGUCCUGGCUUCUGUCUGGUAAUGGCGUGUUGCCAGCACCUUACUAUGGUAGCCGGCUUACUGUGCACAGAAACGGCUCCUUGGAGCUGAGAGGUGUGCGGGUGACUGAUGGUGGGACCUUAGUUUGUGUAGUUAGAGGUGAGAGAGGAGAGACGAGGAUACAGGUUGAGCUGGAGGUCUCUGAGCCACAACAGGAAGCCAAAUCUCCACACAGGGGAGCUGUGGAAGGACCUGUGAAGGAAAGUGGUUUAAUUGAGGUCUCUCGCUCAGGAGCUUCACUAGAUUCAGCUCAAACCUUAAGCUCCAGGCCAGUGUUGCCCGAGAAGCUUAAUCCAAGAGUCACAGUUACUCAAAAGCCUCUACACAGAGGGCCGUCUUUACUUGCUGCACCUCAUCCAGCUGGCCCUCCACCCCGCUCAACUGGCUCUGCCUCACAGCCAGCAGUAAACACCAAAACAGCUCCGUUGGUAAGCAUCAUUAACGGAGAGACCCUACGCCUGUCUUGCCCUGCAUCUCAAACACAUGGAAACACCCAGGGCUCUCUCAUUUGGACCAUGCCCAGUGGCAAAGUACUGUCCCGAGGUGAGAGUAGUGACGCUGGCCAGUAUCUAGUUCAACAGGAUGGAACACUAACAGUGCAACACGCCUCCGUGUUUGACCGCGGCGCCUACACCUGCAGAUCCACCAGUAACGACUCCUCUUCGGUUUCAGUUGUCACGGUUCCCGUCAUCGUUAUUGCCUACCCACCACGCAUCACAACAGGCCCAUCCCCGGUGACCUACACACGACCUGGGGUUGCUGUGGAGUUGCCAUGCCUGACCAUAGCAACACCCCGGGCGACGGUUACCUGGGAAACACCAGACCUGACACAGCUGAGGGUGAUGGGUCAGGCUCGUAUCUAUGGGAACCGCUACCUUAGUCCUCAGGGUUCCUUGGUGAUACAGAAUCCGACAAGUAGGGAUACAGGAUUUUACAGAUGCACCGCCAAAAAUGUAAUAGGAGUGGACACCAAGUCCACCUACCUGCAUGUUAUAUAAUCAAAUACACACACACGCAAGCAUGCAGCAGAAAAACAGAGACUCUACCAGUCUUCUGUACUGGUGAAUGAACUCCAUGCUCUUAACACUAUGUGUCCCACAUGCCCAAAGGAACUGCAAGGCUCUGUGCAGGAGAUACUGUUGAAUCUCGGAAAAGAUACUACAAAUAUACAGGUAUAUGUCUCAUGUAUGUAUUUUUAAUUUGUGACUUUAUUUGUUUUUCUAGUUUUUAAUACUGUAAUGUUUGUUUUUUAUAUCAGGAGUGGUGAGAUUUUCUGCAGACACAGCGUCACACAUGUUUCUCUGCAAAAACACAUGCACAGUAUGGUUGUCUUAUGAAGCUGGUGGUUCACCUCUUGUGCCUUGUUCUCUGUCUAAAUGGCCUAAAACAUAUUUUGAAGUAAGGACAGAGGAAGUCAAAUACACAGCAUGUUUUUACAUGCUACAACACUGGUUUUGUUUCCUUGCCCAGUGUUGAUAUUUAGGUCUGGGCAAUAUGGACAAAAAAUAAUAUUGCACUCCAAAAACAUGAUUUUGUCAAAAUAAAACAUGUUGCUGAUGCUAAAAGACAAGCAUGCUUCACUAGGCUUGAUUGCUUUAUUUCAUAAUUGUAUGCAUCCACUAACACUGAGCAGGUUAACAUACAGCAUUGUAUUGACUGUGUCACUGAAUAUUAUAGACACAACACAAAGAAGCUUUUUGUUCCUCUCAGCUGUCUACAGGCACAUACAUGUUCAUUUUUAAAAAAUAAUAUUUGGAUUAAAAACUACAAACUCGAUAUUUACCUUAUUAACUAUUAAAAUACUUUUUUGCAUUUUUUAUUGAUAAACUACAUAUUAAGAGGUUGGAUUUUGUUGCUGAUAUGCGUAAGUAGCAAAUAGUAAUGUAAAUUGUCAGCCUUGUUUUCAUACACAUUACAUUAAAUCUGUAGCUGACAUGAUGAUAGAGGCCUUCAGCAUUUUGGUCCACCCAAACACCAGCUUCUUCAAGACGUUUUAAACCUGUUUUUCUCAUGACUUAUGUCAAAUAUUGUCGUAUCACAGUCAACUGUAUCUCAUACUCUCGCAGCUUUAUUGGGGCAGACUGAGAUACAGUACAAAUCUUUGCAAUAAUUUUGAUUGUAUGAAUGUGUGUGUGGUUCAACAGUCUGCCCUAAGCUUGCGCACAAAGCCAGAAGCUCAUAGUUAUCAUGUUAUAUGUUUCCCUCUCACUUUUGAUGUUUUCAUUUUGUCUUUAAAUUAUUUGUCUUGUAAAGACCCCAGCGUUUUGUCAUAAAGGAAGAAAUUAUUAAAUAUUAUGAUGUAUUGUAUGUCUCACUAGUCACAAUGAAUGCUUGCUAUAUUUUUAACGGCUUCAUUUUAUAAAUAA